CACGUCAUUAUAAUAUCCAGUAGGGCGUAACAGCGGAAGAAAAGGAGUGGUGGAUCUUUAUAAAAGCCGCUUUUGGACCAUACCGAAGAAAGUGCAGAUAAAGAAUGAAAUCAUUUACUUUUCAACUUUUAAAGUCACCAAUUGACAAAGAGCAUAGCGCGCAUCCUACAGAACCGAUGCUGUUGUAGGCUGCUGACAGAUGACAACCUCGCUUGCAGAUCGUUCAUUCAGCAAACAUCAGGGCAUUAUCAAAAAAUAUGGAAUGUAAACGCUCGCCAUUUGUAGACCAGAAGCCUGAGACAACCUCCCCAAAAAACCUCUGUGCUUCAUGAGAGCACCGUUGGAUUAUCAAAUCGAAUCAAAACACAAACAAAAUAAAGCUUUACCUGGCAGAUGGUGGAUGCUUCCUUCUAGAAAGACAGCAAACCAAAGGAAUAAGAGAUUUUAUGUGCAUUUCUUGCAUUUUUAAUCAAACAAGUCUUUUUGUGCGCUAAGUAACCUAAACAUGUUAAAAACGGGACCAGUGAUGGAGGCGGCGGAUAUCGCAGUUGUCGCACUUUAUUUUGUCCUUGUGUUCGUUAUUGGUCUCCUCGCCAUGUGGAAGGCAAACCGCAGCACUGUCAGUGGCUACUUUUUGGCGGGCCGAACUAUGAAUUGGGCGGUGAUUGGCGCCUCGUUGUUUGUGAGCAACAUUGGUAGCGAGCAUUUCAUUGGCCUUGCUGGAUCUGGUGCGGCGAGCGGUUUUGCAGUGGGUGCCUGGGAGUUCAAUGCCCUCCUGCUUCUGCAGCUGCUGGGAUGGGUUUUUAUCCCAGUCUAUAUCCACUGUGGAGUUUAUACCAUGCCAGAGUACCUUUCCAAGCGUUAUGGGGGCAAGCGGCUUAAGGUUUACUUUGCGGCCCUUUCGAUUUUACUCUACGUAUUUACUAAAAUCUCUGUGGACUUGUAUGCGGGAGCUCUCUUCAUCCAGGAGUCUCUCGGUUGGAACCUCUACCUGUCAAUCAUCCUGCUGAUUUCUAUGACAGCCUUGCUGACAGUGACAGGUGGACUGGUGGCGGUGAUCUAUACAGACACCCUACAAGCUGUGCUUAUGAUUUGCGGGGCAUUAACCCUUACUAUCAUCAGCCUGGUGAAAGUGGGGGGUUUAGAAGGUGUACGGGAAAAAUACAUGCUGGCUGUCCCGAAUGUCACUGCCAUUUUGGCUAACAACAACUUUAGCUUUACAUACACCAACUCUUGCCGAAUCCAACCAAAGCCACAUUCGCUCCAGCUCCUACGAGGGCCGCUUGAUGAGGACAUCCCAUGGCCGGGCUUCCUGUUGGGUCAGACACCUGCAUCUAUUUGGUACUGGUGUGCUGACCAGGUCAUUGUACAGAGAGUGUUAGCUGCCAAGAAUAUCGCCCAUGCCAAAGGCUCUACUCUUAUGGCAGGUUUACUCAAGAUCCUUCCCAUGUUCAUCAUCGUCAUUCCAGGAAUGAUUUCAAGAAUAUUGUUCCCAGAUGAGCUGGUGUGCAUCGGACCAGAGCACUGCAUGGCCGUGUGUGGCAGUCAGGCUGGUUGCUCCAACAUCGCCUACCCUCGGCUGGUCAUGAGCGUAAUGCCGGUGGGUCUGCGAGGGUUAAUGAUGGCUGUCAUGAUAGCUGCCCUUAUGAGUGACUUGGAUUCAAUUUUCAACAGUGCUAGCACCAUCUUCACUUUGGACAUUUAUAAAAUGCUGCGUAUGCGCGCCACAUCCCGGGAGCUGGUGGUGGUUGGCAGGUUGUUUGUGGUGUUCAUGGUUUUUAUCAGCAUUGCUUGGGUGCCUGUCAUUAUUGAGAUGCAAGGUGGCCAGAUGUACCUGUACAUUCAAGAAAUGGCGGGAUACCUCACACCUCCUAUAGCUGCUCUCUUUCUGCUGGGAGUCUUCUGGAAGCGUUGCAAUGAGACUGGAGCAUUUUGGGGCGGCAUGACUGGGUUCACCCUAGGCACCACCCGACUCAUCCUUGGCUUUGUAUAUCGUGAGCCGAGAUGCGACCAGCCGGAUGAACGACCGUUUUUUAUCACGCACGUUCAUUAUAUGUAUAUCGCUGCUGGGCUAUUUUGGAUCUCUGGCAUGGUGGCUGUGAUUGUCAGUUUGUGCACAUCACCCCCAGAAAAAGAUAAAAUCCAACGUACUACAAUCUGGGGCUUAAGGGAACUUAAAAAACUUACUGUGACCGAACGAAAGGAAAUUUAUAAACUCGAUAAGAAUCAGUCGUGCAAUAGCGAUUUUAAGAAAGAUGUGCCCGAGGAUGUCCAGAACGAGAGAUGUCUUGAUGGGGCUGACAUUAAACUUCUUACACCCUCCACCUGUGACCAAGAUCCCAAGACCCCCAGCACGGCAUCAACGCCUAUGGAGCUGUACAGCAAUGGUCAUGCAGAGCUUCUGAAUCAAAAUAGUGAAAGUAGAUGUGAUGAUGAGAGUUGCCUACAAGUGUUUGACUGGAUUUGUAGGCAUAAGCAAAAUACAUCUGCUGCCCAACCUAAAAUCAUUGAGGAAGAUGAAGCAACUGUCUGUGAAAUGCUUCAUGAACCCCCAAAGAUCAAAUUUGUACUGAACUGUGGCCUGAUAGUUGUCUGUUCACUGGGAAUUUUCAUGUUUGUGUACUUCUCUUUGUAAUGUGCUUAACCCGCGGUUACAAUGAAGACUGUGUAUGGACAGCACAUGUAUAUAAUCUAUUUGUUAUUACAAGCCAUCUAGGGUCUGUAAUAUUUACAGUGUGCUUUUUCCCAUAUAUAACUUCUUUUAGAGAACAUUUUUGAAUCAUACUGAUAGAAGUGAUUUAAUCUUUUUCCUUGGAAAAUAGUUCAGCUUCUACUUGUUAUGUUUUGACAACCAAAUGCAAACUGUAUAUUUUCUAUAGUUUAUAAAAAGACACACUAAGCCUCAUGCUGUUUUUUUGUAAAGAGUGGUGAAUUUUGCUCUAUUGUAUGCAGUCCUAUACUAAAACAAGCUCAAUUUUGCUGCCUUAAGUAUUUGCGUUUCUGAGUGUGUGGUGGUUGUAGUUGUAAGCACUAUAAGGACUUGACCUCACUGAUGAAUUUGCCACCUGUAUGUCUUCAAUGGAUAGGAUAUUAUAUCCAACUCUGAAUAUUUUUUAAAAUUUGAUAAAAGUUUGUGUCAAAUGAAACAAAACAAUGACAUUUCAGUGAGAUAAGGUGGUAAAUUUAUCAUGUCUUUAGGUUUUAUAAAUAAUAAUAAAAAAAAACACUGUCUUGUGCAUAUAAAUAUGCUUGUGCCAUCUAAACUUGGUACCAUUUUCUUGUUGUACAUGUCUAAGUACAAGUGAAUAUUUAAGUCUUUUGGUUGUCAGUAACUAGGUCAAUUGUAAUUGUAACUAUAUAUGUCUUUUACUGUAUUUUUUUGAUAAUGUGUAAAUAAUUUCCUUAGGUGGGGCUACAUUCAUCGGACAUUUGUAAUAAAAAAGUCAAAUGCCUUUCAUGCAAAGGCACUUAAACAACUGAUUUGUGCUCAUUUUGGGAAUAUAGUGUAGUUAAGGUACAAAAUGUAUUACUGCAAUACAACUCAACCAGCACAUGCUGGUUAUCUGUGUGGUUACCUGUUUAAACUUAUUAAAUGACCAUCACAAUCACCACAACAACAACAAAAA